AUGACCAUGGAAUCAGAGAAGAUCUCAGAGAAGCAGGAGGAAAUUCUGUCUAUCCUGGAAGAAAAAUUUCCUAACUUGCCUCCAAGGGAGGACAUCAUCAACAUCCUGCAGGAGACCCAAUUCAAUGCUCAGGGUCUCAGUAUUGAACAGACAAUAUUAAAAGAUCUAAAGGAACUGUCAGAUGGAGAAAUAAAAGUGGCCAUUAGUACCGUGAACAUGACCCUUGAGAACUGUGUGUUUCACAGCAAUAUCACCAGCGAUUUGAAAACAUUUACAGACAAAUUCGGUUUUGAUGUCCUCAUCCUGUUCUCCAGCUACCUGUCAGAGGAGCAGCAGCCCAGACGCCAGAUCGCCGUGUACUCGGAGAACCUAGAGCUGUGCAGUCAGAUCUGCUGCGAGCUGGAAGAGAGUCAGAGCCCUUGCCUGGAACUGGAGCCCUUUGAAUGUGGCUGUGAUGAGAUCCUGGUGUACCAGCAGGAGGACCCGUCAGUGACUUGUGAACAGGUGGUUCUUCUUGUCAAGGAAGUCCUCAGCAGGAGGUGUCCAGAGAUGGUCUCCAACAGCCGGACGUCGUCAACAGAAGCUGUGGCAGGCAGCGCCCCCCUCUCCCAGGGGUCUUCCGGGAUUAUGGAGUUGUAUGGUUCUGACAUAGAGCCACAGCCCAGCUCUGUGAAUUUCAUAGAGAACCCUCCAGAUCCCAAUGAUUCCAACCAGGCCCAGGUGGAUGCCAACAUAGACCUCGUUAGCCCAGACAGUGGGUUGGCCACUAUCAGGAGCAGCCGUUCAUCCAAGGAGAGCUCAGUCUUCCUCAGUGACGACAGUCCAGUGGGAGAAGGUGCAGGGCCUCACCACAGCCUCCUCCCAGGGCUGGACUCAUAUAGUCCCAUCCCCGAGGGGGCAGUGGCAGAGGAGCAUGCACGGUCCGGAGAACAUGGUGAACGCUUUGACCUCUUCAACUUUGACCCAGCACCCAUGGCUUCUGGGCAGUCCCAACCAUCUUCCCAUUCUGCAGACUGCUCCCCAGCAGAUGACUUCUUCCCCAAUAGUGAUUCGUCAGAAGGACAGCUUCCCGCUGGGCCUAAAGGACUUGAUGGGAUAGGGAUCAACAUGUCUAAUUAUUCAUCCAGUUCACUUUUGUCAGAGGCUGGCAAAGAUACCCUUGUGGAAUUUGAUGGAGAGUUUGUCCAAAGAAAAGAAAGUCCUAGAGAUAACUCGGAAAGAAAUUUGAGCCUGACAGGUUUUAUGGGAGAUGAGUCUCCUUCACCAGAAAGGCUAGAAAAUAUUGGAAAGAGGAUCCCACCAACACCUAUGAAUAGUUUUGUUGAAAACUCACCAUCCCCUGAAGAACCAGACCCUCUCUAUUCAGAAGAUAUGACCCAAAAAGCAAUCAACACAGAUCACACAGAGCCACCUCCAACCCGUGCUCGGUGCAGCAGUUGGUGGGGUGGUUUGGAAAUUGACAUUAAAAAUAUGGCAGAUGCAUGGAGUUCCAGUGAGCAGGAAUCUGUCUUCCACAGCCCUGAGUCAUGGAAAGAUCGUAAGCCAAGCUCAGUUGAUAGAAGAGCCUCAGAUUCUGUAUUUCAACCAAAAAAUCUCGAAUUCCCAGAGUCAGGUCCCUGGAAGUGUGAAUUUGGUCAGUCUGAACUGGGUAGCAGUGAUAUUCAAGACCAAAAUGAGGAAAGCAUGCAGUUUCAGAACCUGCCCCUGGAGAAAUCACAUUUGCCAGAUGAUUCUCCUCAGAAAACGAACCACCUGAUAGAAGACUUCGCUGCCUUAUGGCAUUCUGGCCGCUCUCCCACAGCGAUGCCUGAGCCAUGGGGAAAUCCUACAGAGAACAGAGAACCAGCGGCCACAGCAUCAUUCCCUGCCUGGAGGGCACUUGGUAAAGAAGAUAAUGUUGAAGCUUUAAACAAUACCUGGAAUCUGCACCCCACAAGUGCUGAGACACCUUCUGUGAGGGACCCAAAUGAGUGGGUCAUGGCAAAAAGUGGGUUUUCUUUUCCUUCAGAAGAUCUAUUGGACAAUUCACCCAGUGAGGCAGAAAAUGAAGCAGCUCCAGAAAUCUGGGGCAAGAGGAACGGUAACUCCAGGGAUAAUAUCCUUGUAUCGGGAAAUCCCAGUUCUGAUCUGGACCAUGCAUGGAAUAAUUCUAAGCCAUCGAAGGAAGAUCAGAGUGGUUUAGCAGAUCCUGAAACUAGGGGGCAGGUGUAUGAAAAGGUAGAUUCCUGGAACCUUUUUGAGGAGAGUGUUAAGAAAGGAGGGUCAGACGUCCUAGCUCCCUGGGAAGAUUCCUUCUUAGCAUAUAAAUGCUCCGAUUACAGUGCAUCCAACAGAGAAGAUUCAGUGCCCUCCCCCUUAGAUACCAACUACUCCACCUCGGACUCCUACACAUCACCAACAUUUGCUGAGGAUGAAAAGGGAACUGAAAACAAGACAUUUGCUAAAGAAGAAGCUUCUGAGUCAAAAGAUGCUACCUGUACCCCCGAGGAGGCUGGAAUUCCCCCUCAGUCACUGCAGCAGCCACCUAGGAAUCGAAUUAGUUCAGGUCCUGGGAACCUAGACAUGUGGGCUUCUCCGCAUGCAGAUAGUAGUUCUGAGAUGAAUGCCACUCGCAGCCCAGAUAGAGAUUUACUCAAGACAGAGCACACAGAUGAUAGAAACGUCGCCAUGGAGGAUGACGCUGGGGGAAGCAGCCAGUCCAGUUACGAUGACCCCAGCAUGAUGCAGCUGUACAAUGAAACAAACCGGCAACUCACACUGCUGCACAGCAGCACCAACUCCCGGCAGGCGGCCUCCGACAACCUCGACUUGUGGAACAGAGUGAUUCUGGAGGACACGCAGUCCACCGCGACCAUCUCGGAUAUGGAUAAUGACUUGGACUGGGAUGACUGCAGUGGGGGCAUGGCGAUCCCUGGCAAUGGUCACACAGAAGAAUACAUGGCUGACAGUACUGAACCAGAAACCCGAUUUUCAGUGAGACAGCUGGAACCAUGGGGCGUGGAGUAUCAGGAAGCUAGUCAGGCAGACUGGGAACCCCCUGCCUCUGCUGAGCACCCCAAAGACACUGCUCCUAGCGAAUAUCACACACUGAAUGAGAAAAGUGGGCAGCUGAUCGCAAACAGUAUUUGGGAUUCUGUCAUGAGAGCUAAAGACAUGUCAUCUUUCAUGUUACCAGGCCCACUGUGUAUUACAGAAUCUGAGCAAAGCAAAUUGCCUCCUGAAUCUCCCAGCCAUUCAGCAAAUGUUAAGGACAGUCUCAGCCCAGAUGGGCUAGAAGCCUCUGGAGCCAGUGAGUUGGGAGCACUUACACCUCAUCCCGACAACCAGGACACAUGGAGAGGACCCCUGCACAGUGAUACAGCACCCUUGGGGACUGGGCUUGAGAAUCCAGGGCAUUUUGCACACUCAGACUCAUGGAAAGGUCAUAGGUAUGGACAAAGUGAAAGUGAGGAUGUCCCUGGAGCCACUGACAGCAGGCGCCUCGAUGAGGAGGUGACAGGCCAUGUCACCGAUAACGCCUCAGGUAUUUCUGGAAAAGGGCCAGGCGACCAGGAACUCUCUUCUCAAGUUACAUCUGAACAUCAAGAAAUCUCCGUUGAAUCAGACAAAAUGAACUCUCUUUCAGUCACUUUCAGUCCUCAAACCGAGGAACCAAAGAAAGCUUCAAAAUAUAAGAAGGGGUCUUACAACCUAUACUCCUGUGAUGUGCAAACAGGGGUGUCCACAAAUAACCUGCGGGCAAAAGAUAGCUGUGAAAAGCACCUCGUGAGUCAUAGAAAUUCAAGUGAAGCCACUGAGAUUUCAGGUGAGAUAAAUUUAACAAAAAAUGUGUCUUUAUCUGAAAUGGAUCUUGAGAACACUGAAGAAUGUAACAUUCUGGAGCCAGAGAGAGUGAACGAAGGGCCACCUCAUGAAUUUCCCCGAAGCCCUGACAUUUGGAACGACCCUGUACACGGUGAUAUGCAGGCCAGUUGCACAAGUUCUGAGAUAACUAAGAAUCUCGAAGUUAAGGGGACUAAAAACAGCCUUUCAGGAGCCAGUUCUUUUGGAAAUCGUGACAGAGAAAGCAUUUCUAGUGAGUUCACCUUUUCAAGUGCAUCAAGUCCUGAUCUCAAUGACUCUUCGUUUGCACUGUCUUCCUGGGGCCAUGGACCCAGGACUGAGCAUGAAAAAGAGAAUCGAGAUGAUCGGAGUGAACCGAAUCACCAAGAAUCUGAACUAAUCACCACCGAUGGCCAACUAGAAGUAGUUAUUGAAAUGGAGGACUUAGAAAAAAAUAGAAUGGACGAGUUUGAAAAGAGCUUUGAUCACAAGGUUCCUAGAUUUUUAGAGAUUUGGAAUGACUCAGUUGAUGGUGAUUCCUUGUCCUCUUUAUCCAGCCCUGAAACAGGCAAAUAUUCUGAAUAUUCAGGUACAUAUCAGGAAAGAAAUCUAAUGGUUAGCCAACAGGAGAAAAAUGAAUGUGACGUGCCUGACACUGUGCAGCCAGAGGAUGCCAAGGUCAUUUCAAGGAUCUCAGGUCCUGAUGAUGAUAGCAUAGGUGCUGAAGAGUCGGUGGAGAACGAGAUCCAUUCACCUAUUUGCCAAGUUGCUCAGAGUGAAUCCAGAGCUUGUGAUUCGUUUAACGAAUCUAAUAAGUUCUUGGCCACAGCUGAUCCCAAGUCUGAGGAAUUUGCUGGCUACAUAGGCAGUCCAGGACAAGCAGAGAAUGAGAAAAAGUCAAACCCGUCUUGUGACAUUCCACAAAGCAGCCCCGAUCCCUGGAAUUUCUCACCACUGGUGGAGACUGAAAUACAGAUUCCAGCAGCAGAGAAGGAGAAGAAAUCUUCAGAAACAGGGAAGACGGGAGAUGUCGUCUGGCAAACAGCUCCCAAAACUGAACCAAAGAAUGAAGAUAAUUCUAAGUUGGAAAGGCUUGGCUUCUCAGCUGAGAGCACUGACUGGUGGAGGACCUCGCCGCAAGAAGGGAGGCCACUUGAGAGUACAUUUGAAGGGGAACUGUCUAACUCAAGCGGUGUGUUAGGGAUGAAUUCUUCAGUAUGCCAAAAUAUGGGUCCCUGGGGAGUACCCAUCCAGGGUGAUGAUGAAUCCAUGGAAACAUACUGUACCAAUCCUUUCAGUGAUAAACAUCAGCCACCCUUUCUGGAAAGUGAUGGGGGGAACUCCCACGAGCAGCUUUGGAACAUUCAACCAAGGCAGCCAGACCCAGAUGCCAACCAGUUUAGCCAGCUGGUAGUACUGGACCAAAUCAAAGAAAAGGAUUCAAGAGAGCAAACCUUCAUGUCUUCCGCUGGUGAUGUACUCGCUGCUGAAAUGCCUACCCAAGAGCAGUGCCAGGACACCGUGCUGUCAGCUUGGGAUCAACCAGACCCAUCUCCUCACACAGGUGGAAAUGAACGUGUUAUAUCUAAUGUUUCAACUAUUGUGUGUCCAGAAACAAAUUG